AUGACAGGAGAAACAAGUAAUAUCAACUCUGGAAGCAAUACUACUAAUGUCACUACAGCUGUUGUACAUUCCAAUCACGUCACUGCAACUACUGUGGAUUUCAAUCACCCCGACUAUCUUCAUCCAUCUGAUUCUCCUGGGAUGAACCUAAUCAGCCCAGUGUUUGAUGGAAGAGGAUUUCCAGGGAUACCAGAUCUCACUUCUUUAGAUUUUCCUCAAUGGAGCUACUGCAGCGACAUGGUGAUCUCUUGGCUGUUGAAUACACUGUCCAAAGAUAUUGGAGAUAGUGUUAUCUACUCCACCACUGCCAAAGAGCUUUGGGAGAAUCUUGAGCAAAGGUUUGGUAAGUCUAAUGGUACCAAGCUUUUUCACCUUGAAAAGGAAUUAAACAUAUUAAUUCAAGGAAAUUCUGAUAUAUCGGGCUAUUUUACAAAAAUGAAGAGGAUUUGGGCUGAGCUGGAUUCUUUGAAUGCAGACAUUGCAAGGAGUAACAUACUGAUGAUGAAACCCUUGCCAGGGAUGGAUGUUGCAUACUCACUCCUGUUGCAGGAUGAAAAUUAG